GAAGUUGCAAGAGAGUGUUCUAAAUUUGUUAGGGGGCAAAUAAAACUCCAAUUUUCUAAAGUUAGUUUCUAAAUGGAGAGAACACAUUGUGAAAAAGGAAGGUUUAAAUCACGCGCGCCCUAAAGGAAGGAGGGAACACUGAAGCAAAAUUUCUCUUCGUCAAAGGAGCGAGCGAGCAACCAACCAAUCCAAGCAAUGCCCUUACAAAUUCACUAAAACCCUCAUUUACAAUCUUCACUGAAAACCAUAUCCAUGGACGAUUCACUGUUGAAGCUCAUCUCCGAUACCGGCACUAAACUCACCAAACGAACCAACCCAAACAAGGAUUUCAUUGUCAAAUCUCUUCGACAAGCUGCAAAUGCUUUGUCACAGUUGGAACAGCCUUCUUCUCCUGACCCCAAUAAAAAGUUGGAAGCUGCUAGAGAGAUAGAGGCUGCGAUUGAGCCUCUGAAAGAAUGUAUCAUAAUACGCGGAUUGCUUCAGCAUAAAGAUAAUGAUGUUAAGCUCUUGGUAGCCAUAUGUGUUAGUGAAACAUUUCGGAUCCUGGCACCCGACCUACCGUUCGAGGAUAAGUAUCUUAGGGGUGUUUUUGAACUUAUCAUCAGCAUGUUUGCGGAGCUAGCUGAUACCACAAGCCCAUACUUUUCGAGGAGGGUUAAGAUUCUGGAGACUGUCUCAAGAUGUAAAUGUUGUGUGAUAAUGUUGGAUAUUGACUGCAAUGAUUUGAUUAUGGAAAUGUUCACUACAUUUUUCUCUGUUGUGAGAGAGCAUCACCAGCAGAGUUUGAUAAAUGAUAUUUUGUCUAUAAUGACUGAUAUUCUUAACGAGGAGGUUACUCAACUACUUUUGGACGUGAUUUUACAUAAUCUUUUGAAGGAAGAAAAGAAAACACCAUCCGCUGCUUGUCAGCUAGCCAUGUCCGUGAUUAAGACUUCUGCAGAGAAGCUUGGGCCUAUUGUUUGUGAAUUUUUAACAUCUUGCAUUAUGAAUAGAGAUGCUGUACAAAGUGAAAACAAAGAAUUUUACCAUGAAAUCAUUUUUAAAAUUGCACAGUGUGCUCCUCAUAUGCUUCACGAUAUCAUUCCAAACAUGUCUCAAGAAUUACUGACUGAUCAGGUAGAUGUCAGAAUAAAAGCUCUUACUCUGAUUGGGAAACUUCUUUCACUGCCUGAGUUCCAUAUUGCACAAAACUACCGUAAUCUUUUCAUGGAAUUCUUGAAAAGAUUUGUUGACAUAUCUGCAGAAGUUAGAGUGACUGCUCUUCAAUGUGCUAAAAUUUGCUACAUGACAAAUCCCACUGGGACAGAAUCACAUGAAGUUCUCUCUGCCCUCGAGGGACGACUGCUUGAUAUUGAUGACAGGGUGAGAGUGGAGGCUGUCAGUGUUGCAUGUGAUCUUGCUAGGUCUAACUUAAAAACUUUCUCGCGUAAAUUAAUCUCUCAAACUAUUGAAAGACUUAGGGAUAAAAAGAUAUCUGUAAGGGAAAAGACUCUGGAUAAAUUAUUGGAAGUAUAUCGUGAUUAUUGCAAUGCAUGUUCUGAAGGUCGCAUGACAAUAUGUGAUGAACUGGAAAAAAUUCCAUGUAAACUUUUUAUGCUUUAUUAUGACAAAGACUGUAAGGCGUUCAGGCCCCAAAACAUGGAGCUCAUUUUGGUCAAAGAUUUAUUUCCAGCACUUCUUUCUGCAGAGGAGAGGACAAGGCAUUGGGUCCAUCUCUUUUCGCUUUUUAAACCUCUACACGUGAAGUCAUUGAACUUAGUUUUAUAUCAGAAAGGAAGGUUGCAGAAUGAGAUGCAAACUUAUUUGGCUUUCAGAGCAAAAGAGAAGGAGAAUUGUUCAAACGAGAAGUGCACAAGUUCAUUCAAGAAAAUGGCAGAAUCCUUUGCAGAUCCUUCCAAAGCGGAGAAGUGCUUUGAAAAAUUGAACGAUGUGAAAGAAAAUAAAAUAUUUAAUUUUCUCGAAACUUUGUUAAAAGACCUAGGGCAUGUAAAUGCUGAGACUACCAGAAACAAGCUUUUGAAUUUAAUAGGAGAUAAAAGUAAAAUUUUUGAGUUUGUGCAGACACUUUCCUUGAAAUGCUCUCAUAACAUAUUCAGUUCAGGGCAUGUCCGCUGUAUCUUAGAUAAUCUUUCCAGUGACAGUUUUGGGGAUAAGCACUACAAGGAUUCUUCUCUCCAGCUUCUUUUGGUUAUUACCAACAUCUUCCCUAAGCUUUUGAGAGGUUCAGAAGAAAAUUCUGCUAAAGUCAGUGAAAUUUACCCUUUUCUGAAGAGUUUAUGUCUUGAGGGGACUCGUUUGCAGUCAAAAUUUGCUGUUUCAGCAAUUGCAACAUUAAUUGAUACAUCAAAGGAGACAGAAUUAUGCAAGGAACUUGUGGAAUCUUUACAUUGUGGAAGGAAUACUUCCACUGUGCUGCAGUCUUUGGGCUGUCUUGCACAACAUUCUGUUUCAACAUUUGAAGCUCAUGAUGGAGAGAUCACUCCAUUUAUUUAUGAGAAGAUUUUACAGGUGGACUCAACAGAAACUUCUAGCUCAUCUGAUGAUAGUCUUGGCUGUAGUGAUUCUUGCAAAUUAAAGAUAUGUGGGCUGAAAACACUUGUCAAGAGUUUUUUGCCACACCGUGGAGCUAAAGUCAGACGGAAUAUUAAAGAAUUGUUGGACAGAUUGUUGAUUAUAAUGAGAAAUAAUGACGCAUGCAGUGAAAGAAAUGAGUCCUUUUUGAGACUAGCUGCUGCAAAGUCUGUUCUCCGACUCUCUCAAAGAUGGGAUUUCUAUAUUUCUUCAGAAAUAUUUAGCUCAACAAUUUCAAUGGCAAAGGAUGGCUCAUAUUCUGUUAGAAGGUCUUUUCUUGAUAAAACACACACAAUGUUGAAGAAGCGUGCUAUACCAAGUAGAUAUGCAUGUAUUUAUGCAUUGGCCUCCUGCCUUGAGGAUCUACGAGAGGAUUCAUAUAAAUAUAUGGCAGAGUUUGUCAAAGAGUAUGGCAGAGAAGCUCGUCAAACAACUGGUGACACUGACAAAAAGGGAUUAAUAACUGACUUCCCUGCAUACAUAGUAGUCUUCUUAAUUCAUUUUCUUGCACACGAUAAAGAUUUUCCUCUUGAAGAUUGUCGAAAUGAAGACUUAUAUGCUCAUUUUUGCAGUCCACUGUUUUCAGUAUUGCAGGCCUUACUCAAUGCUAUUAAUUUUGAUGAUGAUGUGAAUGAAGUUAAAGCCACCGUCUCGUACUUGGUUUAUAUUUUCCGAGCUAUCAAGAGAGUUGAGGAUGCUGUCAAUAUUAAAAAUACUAGUAAGCUUCAUAUUCUAGCAGAUAUCGGGCUCGCUUUCGUCAUUGCAGUAAAUCAAAGUGGAAUCUCAGUCUCCUCAUCUCAUAUUUUGCUACCAUCAUCUUUAUACAGAGCUAAUACAGGAUAUGUUGCUCAAUCCUGCCUUGAUGAAGACUUUGUCAAAAGAGUGAUUGAUAAAUUUAAGUCUCAUAGCUCUUUGGUGCAUGAGACUAAUCCAUCUAAACGUGGCCGAAAGCAUAAAGGGGAUUGCUCACAAUCAGCUGUUAUCAGGGACAGAAAUUUUAACUUUCCUCUUUCUAAAAUAGGAGAUUUACCCAUUUCUAAAUCAGCAGAGACUGAACAAACUGUGAAGCAAGGCACUGCCACGGGGGGUAGGAGAAAACAGGCUGCUGCCUCUAUGAAUGGUUCUGGGUCAGCUCAACUGCAUGAGUGUUCUAAAAUUGAUCAUCAUAUUGAUGCUUCUGGAAAAUCCGAAUCAAAUCAUGAAACAGAACAUAUAAUAUCCUCUAGUGGUUCUGUGCCAGUAAAACCACCUGUGGCUGGAUCACGUGUUUCAACCCGAAACAUGAAAAGAAAUGUUGCUUCUUUAAAAGUAAGUGGUGGGGCGAGCAGCAACAGUGGUUCUGAAGAUUCCAAAUUGAACCAAGCUAAGCUCAAAGACAGUUGCAGCUUGAAAAAAACUACUGAUACGGGAGAGGCAUUAAUUGGAAAGCGGAUCAAAUUGUUAUCGCCAAUUGAACGAUGCUUUUAUGCAGGCACUGUGGAUAGUUAUAAUUCUGAAAACAAUACUCAUAAGAUUGCAUGCGAUAAUGGGACCAUAGACCUCCUAUGCUUGGACAGCGAGAGCUGGGAGACUAUAGGUGAUGAUGCCCAACACGAAACGGUUAUGCCAGCAGAGAAUCCAAAUGCCCUACAAUUACAGUGUCGUGACAGAAAGAAACCUACCGAUACACACAGUAAAGCUCCUGCUCGACCUUCAAGAACUGUUGGAAAGGAAAGUGAGAAGACGACGAAGAGUCAGAAAGCUUCGGCGGAAGUUAUUGAUACAAAUGAGAACACGGGGUUAAGAAGAUCUCAGAGGCGAAAAGGAUAAAAUAUUUUCUUAAUUAUUAUUGCCCUAGUGGAAUUUGAAUAUUGGGGCCUUCAAAGUUAGUAGAAUUUAAUUUGUAUGUAUAGGUAGAUACUAUAUAUAAUGAAAUGAUGAAGAAAAUUCUAAGAAAUCAAGUGGUGCCCACAUUGCGUUUAUGUAAUUACCAUCUGAUUUAUGUGGGUUUGUAAUUUGUAAAUAUUAUUUGGGAGGUAAUACGGUUAAGAGUAGGGAGACAAAUAUAGUACUAGUAGGUUAUGCAUUUAUUUUUCACCUUCUA